UCAAGACCUGUAACAAGGAAGUGUUACUGAGGCCGCUUACCAGCAGCUGUUAUCUGCUUAUUGUCAGGCAGAAAGACAUUCACAAACCGUAAAGAUGAAGGUGGGCUCCUCGGUACUGGCCGCUUGUUUUCUCCUGAUACAGGUUCUCGGACUGCUUCUCUUCCUAAGAGGCUUCUUCCCUCUCCCUGUCAAAUCACAGACCAGAAAAAACAGCGUCUCAGAAUACCCACCCGAGCCAUCAGCAGGAACUUCUUCUAACUGGACAAAGCUGCAUUCACCAAUUUUCAAUCGAGUGGUCAUUGUCUUGAUAGAUGCUUUGAGACAAGACUUUGUAUUUGGACCUAAAGGAAAAGAGUAUAUGCCUUAUCUAACCCAACUUUUAAAAGGAGAGACACACAGUUUUAUAGCCAAAGCUUUAGCUCCAACUGUAACUAUGCCUCGGAUAAAGGCGUUAAUGACUGGCAGCAUACCUGGUUUCAUUGAUGUUGUUUUGAAUCUUAACUCACCAGAGUUAUUGGAAGACAAUCUAUUAUGGCAAGCUAAACAGGCACAAAAGCGGAUAAUAUUUUAUGGGGAUGACACAUGGAUCAAGCUAUUCCCAAAACAUUUUGUUGAAUAUGAUGGAACAACAUCCUUCUUUGUUUCUGAUUUUACCGAGGUUGAUUACAAUGUUUCUAGGCACUUAGACAAUGUUUUAAAAAGGAAUGAUUGGGACAUGCUUAUUCUUCACUAUCUUGGAUUAGACCACAUCGGGCAUUUAACAGGACCACACAGUGGUUUGGUGGGUCCAAAACUUUCUGAGAUGGAUAUAGCCUUGAAGAAAAUCCAUACUGCAUUGUUAUCAAAAGAAGAAGAUAAGUCUCUCCCAAAUUUACUUGUUAUCUGCGGUGACCAUGGGAUGUCAGACCAAGGCAACCAUGGUGGUUCAUCAGAUGAAGAAAUACAAACUCCACUUGUUUUAAUCAGUUCUGCAUUUGAAAGAAACCAUGGUACAGUUAAAGCGCCUGAAAUCGUACAGCAGACAGAUUUAGCUGUAACUUUAGCAGUAGGCCUUGGCUUGCCAAUUCCAAGGAACAGUUUGGGAAAACUUCUACAUCCUGUUAUAAGCAAAAUGACAAUAAGGGAACAGUUGCGUUUUUUACAUUUAAAUGGACAUCAGCUUUGCAGGCUUUUGAAGGAAAACUUAGAGGCUUAUGAAAAAGAUGCCGGGGUUGUGCAAUUUAAGCAAGCAGAAAAAUCUCAUGGGAACUGGAUUCAACUUUACGUGGACGGAAAUACCUCAGAGACCCUCUCUAACCUUGGCAACAAAGUUCUUAAACAAUAUUUAGAAGCAUUGGAAAAGUUGAGUUCUUCACUGAGUAAACAAGUUGCUGAGUAUGAUAUGUACUCCAUGGCUAUUGGGGCAGUAAUUACUCUAGAGAUCUUCGGUCUACUUGUCCUUUGUCUCCCAAAUGCUUUAAGCAGCCGAGCAGAAUUUGACUUCCCACUAUUGUCUCCGCUUUUUUCGCUGCUGUUUUACAUGAUAUGUCUCCUGCUUUCAGCAGUUCAUGUAAUUGUCUGCACAUCAACUCCAAAUGUCUGCUUUUUCUGUAGCAUAUCCUGGGUAAUUGCUAUAGGAAUCAUGAUGCUUAUUUCAGCAUUUUUCUGCAUUAUUGUAUCUGUUAUGGGGAAGAUGUUGGCAAAGGAGGAGUCUCCUAAAAAGACACAAGAUUCCAGCCUCUACACGUGGUCUGAACUAGAUCUACUUCUGUUACUCGGAACGCUUGGACAUGUAUUAAGUAUGGGAGCCAGCAGCUUUAUUGAAGAAGAGCAUCAGACCUGGUACUUCCUUAUCAACACACUUUGCCUGGCACUUUCUCAAGAUUUGUGUAGAAAGUACUUUCUUGUUAAGAAAGGAGAAAAGGGUAAUGCCUCUAUAUAUGAUGAGACAGACAAUGAAGGCAUAUAUGUGGACACCAUGUAUGAUAUGAAUAAAAAAGAACUAAAAGCUGCAAAGCCUUCAAUUAUAGCUACUUUCAUUAAGAAUAACGAAAAACUAAUUGCAUUAUCAAGUCCAUGGAUUAUUCUUACAUUUUGUCGACUGCUGCGUACUCUAAAUCAAACAGGGAUUCAGUGGAUUCAUCAACCAGAUUUUGGACACUGGUUGACAAGCUCAGAGCACAAGCCUGAACUGUCAUUUUUGGUAGCUAUUACUCUAGUCAUGAUAUUUAUUUUAACACAAGGAAGAUGUUCUUUUGUAUCAAAAGUAGCUUUGGCCUUUGGACUCUUGGGUGUCUACAGUUAUAGAGCAGCCAUAGGAAAUGUGUUGUAUCCGUGGCAACAAAACAACAAUAAAGAUAUUACAAAAGGGAUUACAGAGGCACGCUUUGUUUAUAUAUUUGUUCUUGGUAUUCUCUUUACUGGAACAAAGGACCUGUUAAAGUCGCAAGUUAUUUAUACAGAUUCCAAGACAAAGAGUUUGGGCCUGUGGGAAGUGUAUAGCGGACUGAUACUUCUGGCAGCUCUCUUAUUUCAACCACACAAUUUAAUAGUGUUGGUAUUUUGCUUAAUGAUUCAAACCAUUAUGACAACAUUCAUUUGGAGGCUUCUAAAAUAUGAUGCUGCUCAGGUUACCAUAAUGCAUUAUUGGUUUGGACAAGCUUUUUUCUUUUUCCAGGGCAAUUCAAAUACAUUUAGCACUGUGGACAUUUCAGCAGCGGUUGUUGGCUUUGAAAACUAUGUUGAAAUCCCAGCAAUCCUUCUUACUGGGUUUGUCACAUACUGUGGACCUCUGCUAUGGGCCAUACAUUUGCUCUAUUAUCUUAGCAUGGAAACAAACAGGGUUUCAACAUCUGUUGCUCAUGGAUGCUACUGUUAUGCAGUAAUUCGUUCGUUACCAGUAACUUUCUACAUUAUUUUGGUCACAGCUCUCCGUUAUCACUUAUUCAUAUGGAGUGUUUUUUCACCAAAACUUCUCUACGAAGGAAUCCAUUUGAUUAUUGCAGCUGGUGCGUGUGUGAUGUUUGCUGCUGUGGAUAAAAAUCACAUAUUAAAAUCAAAAGACUGAACCAUUUUAAAAUGACUCCUUUUUUAAGUUACAAUGUGAUCCUGUGGUCUCUGGGAAAAACUUGAAAUGUUUUUGUAUAACUACCGCAUGCAAAGCGAAAAGCCCUGUGCUGACUUUUUUUUUUUAUAUAACUAAAAAUGUAUAUCAAGCCAAGAUAAUUUAGUGCUGUGCAUUCAGCUACAUCAGGAUAUUUUCUGUAACUUGUAAAAAGACGCUCAAUUUCUUUUGCAGUGGGAUUACCAUUUUCCUAAAGAGAAAUUCUCUACGAGUAAUUGUAUGACAAAGCUUUAUUUCUGCUGCUGUAAGUUUGAUUUAUUGUUGUCUGCUAAUAAUUUUUAUUACUACAAUCAAUUUGUUAAAGUAGUUUAAAGGGACAAUCUACGUUAAAAAAACAAAACUUUGCUCCAAUAGAAUACUCACAGUCAGUAAUCCAUAAAUACAUUAUGAAAUAGUAUUGAAAUCUGCUGUAUUUUAUUGGAAAUGUAUCUUUGAAAGUGCUCUGCAGCUGGUUUUGCUAGCUUGCCCCCCUGGGUGCAGCUUUUUUUAUUUUAAGUAACAGCAAGAGGUUACGCUUAACAAAAGGCAACUGCCCGCCCCAGUUAUUUCCCCCUGUGCAAUUAUGGAGCUGCUGUGCAUUGCAAACCGUGUCCUAAGAAAGGUUAAGUAAGGGUACCUCACAUGCGCAGUAGCUCCGUCACUCUGAGCGCGCUACAGAAAAUGUAUCGGGAUGAGAAGUAGCCUCAGAUUUCCUGAGCCUCUGGCUGCAAAAAAAAUAAAAAAUAUAUCUAGGGGGUGGCUCGGAGCACCAGCUAAGAAGCACUUUCAGAGUUAAAUUUUAAAAGGCCACUAAAUACAGUAUAAUUGAAUAAUUGCCAAAUACACAAUAAAAAUACAAUACAAUAGCACUUACUUUUUAUUUUUAAAUGAGCAGUAGAAUAUUUUCUGGCAAAUUUCAAAGUGAAUCUAACUUUCCCUCCACCUGUAUCAUGUGCACAGCCAUCAGCCAAUCACAAUGUGCACAAUUCGAUAAUGGAAGUAUAUUGGAAUGUUUUUUAAUGUUUUACUUUAUCUGAAUCAUGACACUUUUUAUAUUUGAUUUUAGUGGCCCUUUUUAGAUAAAAUACUGCUGAUUUAAAAAUUAUAUUGAGGUGUUCUAGAUUACUGGUACUGAUGAUUCUAUUGGAGCAAAUUUUGUUUUAAUAAUAUUUACUUUCCUUUUAAGUGAAAAAGUCUGUUCCAAGUGUACUAUAAUAUUUAACUAAAAUACACAUUUUUCAGCAUAUAAGGCAUUUUUACCACAACAAAGUCUUUUUAAUUAUCCUUAUUCUUGUAUGAACAAAUUUGCUUGUAGUUUAGUGUUAAAGGGAUAGAAAACACCAGAAUUUUUGUUGUUUAAAAAGAAAGAUCCCUUUAUUACCCAUUCCCAAAAUUUGCAUAACCAACACAGUUAUAAUAAUAUACUUUUUACCUCUGUGAUUACCUUGUAUCUAUGCCUCUGCAAACUGCCCCCUUAUUUAGGUUCAUUUGACAGAUUUUCAUUUUUAGCCAAUCAGUGCUGACUCCUAGGAGCUUCACGUGCCUGAGCUCAAUGUUAUCUAUAUUAAAAACAUGAACUAAUGCCCUCUAGUGGUGAGAAACUGUCUAAAUGCUUUCAGAUUAGAGGAAGUCUUCAAUGUCUAAGAAAUUAGCACACAAACCUCCUAGAUUUAGCUUUCAACUAAGAAUACCAAGAGAACAAAGCAAAAUUGGUAAUAAAAGUAAAUGGGAAAGUUGUUUAAAAUUACAUGCCCUGUUUAAAUCAUGAAAGAUUUUUUUUUUACUUUACUGUCCCUUUAAAUUCCCUAUGUCCCUGGUGUUUGUGAUAGACGCAUAUACAUAUAUAUAUAUAUAUAUAUAUAUAUAUAUAUAUAUACACUCCCGGGCAUCUGUUUAGCCGUUUUGAUCAUAUUCAUCUUUUUUUUGUCUCUGAAUACGGACUUUGGCUGCAUUUGGGUCUAAACAUCAAAUCCCUGUCUUAUUUUAGCAGAAGUUGAAAAUAACCAAACAUUCACUGCUGUAGAGUAAGAGCUAAAGGCUUCUUUCAGAGUUGUGAAAUGGCAGCAGAGAGUAGAGAAUAAAGGAAGACAGUGAGUCUCCUAUGUGGGACUUUAGCUAUGUGUUUAAUCAUUUUCUAGUUGAACACAUAUCUUGCAAGGGAAACUAAUGCAAAAAAUUGGCAUUCUGUAAUAAACUAGAACAUUUUAAAUGUCUUUGCAUUAGAAUAUCCCUUUAUAGGGACAGUAAAAUCAAAAUGAAAUCUCCAUGGUUCUGAUUGAACAUGCGGUUUUAAACAACUUUCAAAUUUACUUAUCUAAUUUGCUUUGUUUCUUUGGUAUCCAUUGUUUAAAAAAAAAAAAAAAAAAGCAUACCUAGGUAGGCUCAGGAUAAGCAAAACACUGUUAGUUGCUUUCUGGGGAUUGGUGGCAGCAUAUAUAUGCCUCUUGCCAUUGGCCCACUAAUAUAUUCAGCUAGCUCAACAAAGAAUACCAAGAGAAUUAAAGGGACAGUCCAGUCAAAAUAUAAAUGCACAUAGAUGUUUUUUUACAUCUUUGUAUAGAAACGUAUUUGCAAUAUACAUGUAUUGGCAAAAAUGCUUAUCACUGUUUUAGUGUUAACAUUUUUCUCUGCACGUGCAUGUGAAGCAUAGCUAGAUAUUGUCUCUGCACCCAUAUUUGAAAUAAUGCAGUUGCUCAGAUCAUCAGUGGGGCUUGCAUCAUGUCAGCAAUUAACAAAUUGAGUCAUUACCAGAUGGUACAAACACCUUAGGCUCUUCGAGCAAGCGCUGUGUUUAAAAUACUGGUGCACGGUGCAUACUUAAAUACACUUUUGAAACAGCUAUAGUUUUUAUUAGAAGCAUUUUUGCUAAUGAAUGUAUAUUACAAAUUUGCUUCUGUUCAAUACCAAAAUGCACCCAUGUGGUUUCCAAUUUUGGCUGGAAUAUCCCUUAAAGCAAAUUUGAUUACCUGUUAGCAAGCAAUAACCUAUCCGAUUUUGUCCUCUUGCAUAUCAUUACAUGAGGAAUCGGCCCUACUUCGCAUGCGCAUCAAAAUCCUCCAAAUCGUGCAUGCGCAUUUCUUAUGGUUGCUGCUGAAUUUACACUCGCAUAACUGAAAAACGUAGAGCGGGUCUUCUAUAUUCCAGCCAGUGUUUCAAGGAGUGACGUUUUCAGUGACGUUGCGCAAUCUUGCGCAUGUGCAUAACUUAAAGUGAAGGUCCAUUUUGAUGAAUUAGUGCCCAGAUUUUAAUAAACCUAUUAAAAACAAGGGCACUUUAAUUCAUCAAUAUUGACAUUUCACUGUUUUCUUCAAAAACUUACCUUUUAAUCCUGGCAGCCGCUCCAGCACUUCCUCCGCCCAUCGCAAGCCUUCGUCGCGGAUUCAAAUUGACGAAUCUGGCUUCCUCCAAUCACAGCGUUGCAUCAGGCCAAGAUUCCCCCGGCGGGGGGAAGCUGUGAUUGGAGGAAGUCUGAUUCGUCAUUUCUGAUGUCUGCAGAGGCUCUCGACCGCCGGGGGAAUCGCUGGAGCGGCAUUCAGGAUUAAAAGGUAAGUUUUUGAAGAAAACUGUGAAAUGUCAAUUUUGAUGAAUUAAAGUGCCCUUGUUUUUAAUAGGUUUAUUAAAAACCGGGCACUAAUUCAUCAAAAUGGACCUUCACUUUAAUAGAAGCGCCAUAUUCCAACAGUAGUUGUCAGCCCGGAUUGGACAGGACAUAAGGAUACCCACUGAGUGGGUUUGGAAAGCAAUAAAACUUUGAUGAAUGACAAAGGCAAUACGAUAAAGAUCUCAUUAGGAUAUUAUAUUGAGAAAAUGCUUAAUAAGGGUAGUUAAAUCGUUACAAGCUUAGUGUUUACUUACAGGGGCCCUUUAAGACUUUACUAUGACAAUCAUUUGCUUUUGUGUGACUCGGAAAUAAGGCAUUAUUGAACUGAUUCAUUAAAGCAGUGUUUCCCAAACCCAGUCCUCAGGACCCUUACUCAGGCCACAUAUUGAUUAUAUCCUAACUAGAGCACAGGUGAAAUAAUCAGCUCACCCAUCAGCUGAUUGUUUCACCUGUGCUUUAGUUAACAUAUAAUGAAUAUCUGGCGUGAGUAAGGGUCCUGAGGACUGGGUUUGGGAAACACUGCAUUAAAGGGAAAAUAAAAACCAAAUACAUUUUAUAUGCAUAGUAUUGAGAUUAUGCCAAACCUACCUCUAGUCGAGGGUGCCGCCAUGUGGAAAUCUGCAGCAACUCGCCUUCAGAUUCCUGGAGUGUAACCUUGUUUCCAAAAUGGUGGCACCCAUAAGUACAAGGAGGUGCCUGAAUUGUAUUUAGUGUUUAGUAUCCCUUUAACUUUUGGAUAGCUACUUCUUCCUAAAGGAGCACCGUUUCAUAUCCCUUUAAGAGUUCGGCUCCUUAGGAUCUCAGUGUUAAAAAUAAAAGGAAACAUCUAGUAUAUAACAGUGAUAUGUUGUGUUUGCAUUCUAAGGUUCUGUUCUCUACUGGCUUCAAGAGGGGCUCAGCAUAGUUAAUAAUUACACUAGCAUCUGCAGCUUUCAAUAUAAAUAUGCAAAAACAAAUUGUUUUUUAUGCAGAAGGAGAUAAAUAAUUCAUAUUAUCUCACAACAUAUGUUACAUAUUUAUACUACAUUUCUUGUGAAUUGCACAGACACAAGGAGAAUACUUUAUCAAGGAAGCAACACAUUGAACACAAGCAGUAUAUGUAUAUUGAAAAGUAUUUGUGUCAAGCAAUUAAAGAAAAUGUGCAGUCAUCAACAGUAAGGCAAUAUUUUUGUUUAUUUAAAUGAUUGACUGGGAUAGAAAAUACUAUGUGAUUAAGCUAAGAACAUACAGAAUAAAUUGAUUAAUUCUCAUUGUAACAAACAAAUUUAUAUUUUGUCCCAGUCUUUAUUUUGCAACAUUUAGCAAUUAUAGAUGACUGCAGAAUAACUCAAAAUAUGUUCAUACAGUAUUUUAUUUUGUCUGUGCAGCAAUAUAAAAAGUGAGUUUCAAGUUGUGUGGGACAUUUGGCCCAUGCACUUAAAGGGACAUGAAACCCUAAAAAUGUAUUACAUGAUUCAGAUUGAGAAUACAAUUUUAAACAACAUUCUAAUUUACUUAUUGUAUCUCAUUUGCUUAAUUCUUUAGAUAUCCUUUCUUGAAGAAAAAUAAAUGCACAUGGGUGAGCUAAUCACAUGAAGCAUCUAUGUGCAGCCACCAAUCAGCAGUUACUAAGCCUAUCUAGAUAUGCUCUUCAGCAAAUGAUAGAAAGAGAAUGAAGCAAAUUAGAUAAUAGAAGUAAAUUGGGAAAUUGUUUAAAAUUGUAUUCUCUAUCUGAAUCAUGAAAGAAAAAAUUUGGGUUUCAUAUCCCUUUAAAAGACCAUUAAAUACAGUAGAACUGAAUAAUAAAAUGAUAUUGUAAACGCACUUUUCAUUUUAAAUGAAUAGUAGAUUUUUUUUCUGACAAAUUUCUAAAUUCACUUAAAUUUUCCAGCCUCUAUAUAAUGUGACAGACAUAAGCCAAUCACAGACUUAUGUACGUAUACACUGUGAAGAUUUGCACAGCUCGGUAGCAGCUGGUGUCUUAGAAAGUGCCCACAUAAAUAAAUGGUACAAAAUUCGAUAAUGCAAGUAAAUCGGAAAGUCACUUAAAGGGACAGUAUACAGUAAAAUAGUUUUUCCUUUUAUGUUUUUUAAAUGACUUGUUAAACCAGCUGCAGAGUAUAGAAUGUAUGAGAAAUUGCAUUUUCAGGUUUAUUUGUGGAUAUGAAUUUACUGGUUUUGUGCUUUGAAACCACAGCCUAUUACAAUGGGUUGAGCUUGCAGGUAAAAUAUGUCAUUAUCUUAUCACUUUGUGUACACACACUUGCUUCAUUAUCUUAUAUUUGUCAGUAAACCAAACCCAAUACUUAGAGAGAACAAUGGAAAAUUAUCAGUUUAUUACUUGCCUAUUUUGCACCCAUCAGGAGUGUAAUUUCUUCUGCUGGCUGUGUUUACAUUGCCUGUCAAUAGCUUGGACUUAAAGGGACAUUCCAGCCAAAACUGGAAUCCACGUAGAUGCAUUUCAAUUUUAGAUAGAAGCAUUUUUGUAAUACACAUGUAUUAGCAAAAAUGCUUCUAAUAAAAGUUACAGCUGUUUCAAAAGUGUAUUUAAGUAUUCACCAUGCACCAGCAUUUUACACACAGCACUUGCUCAGUGAGCCUAAGGAGCUUGUACUUUCUGGUAAUAACUCAAUUUGUUAAUUGCUGACAUUAUACAAGCCCCUCGGGUGUUCUGAGCAGCUGCAGUAUUUAAAAUGCUGAAGCAAUGACAAUAUCUAGUUAUGCUUCACAUGCACGUGCAGAGAAAAAUAUUAACACAAAAACAGUGAUAACUUUUACUAGAAGCAUCUUUGACAAAGCAUGUAUAUUGUAAAUAUAUUUCUAUUCAAAGAUGUAAUUCAUCUAUGUGCAUUUAGAUUUUGACUGGAAUGUCCCUUUAAGACCAGAAACUUCCAGUAUAGGUGGGGAUACCACAGGCUAAAUAAGCUAUUUCAUAUGCAGAAAUAAGGAUAAACCAGCUACUUGUAAACAAUUUAUUACACUCCAGCAGGUAAAAUGUAUCAAGCAAAUUAAAGGGGAGUACACUUUUGGGUAAACUGUCCCUUGCUCUGUCUGAAUUAUUUGAAUGCAGUCCCUUUAAAUGCAACAUUCUUACAAGAGCCACCUGUUAGAGGAGUCGCUACAAUGUAGCUAAUGAAGGGAGAAACUAACCUUUGAAAAAUGGCCACUAACGGCUAUCAACAGAAAUUUGUAGCUCGGUCAAAUAAAUGACUACACGUGAGACCAUUAUUAAGCUCACGUGCAAUAAUGUUGCAUAUCUGAGUCUAGGAUUUGUUACAUUGACAUACUUGUCUUGGUAACACAUCUAUAUUUUCAAUUAGCGCAUCCUGCCUUUUAAUUGUAUACAUCAGCCUGAUACUAAGAUUAUAUUUAGCCAUUAGUGGAGCUACAGAUUAAUUACCUUUAUGUCUGAGAACAUAUUAGGUUUUUUUCUCUUUGGCUAUUAGUUUUUCUUUGGGUGUUUACCGUAUCUGUUCUAGGUACCCAUCUAGCGCUGUUGCACACCCCUACUUUCUUAGUCCCUUUAAAUGCACAAAUACGAUCAAUUAAACUCAGUGAUGGCUGUGGCAUUAUACAGACAAUAUGCACUUUUGUUUAUUUAUGGUAAAAUAUUAAAUAACAUAAACCUGUC